GAUUUGAAUACUCUGGAUACGCUGCAUUACAGCAUCCGCGGACCUGUUCCUCCUGGCCAUGGAUUCAAGGGUUUCCCAUAUCGGUGGGCUUGGUGUCAUUCAGAGCAACGCUCUCUCCAGCAAGGCGUCGAUCGGCUAUCUUCUGCUGGGUUCCGUUGUCAUGUUCGCAUCAUCAGGGCUGCUGUCGGCAAAGCCAGAUGUGGACGCCUACGUCUACAUGAUCCUCACAGGCCUUGGAAGUUACAUUAGCUACGUGCCGUACAAUUCGGUCUUAUUCGAGCGAUUGAUUGCAUACACUGGGGCAGAAGCCACGGUAUCGUUUCCGAUGGCAGUCAGUGAUGCAGUUGGUUAUCUCGGAACCAUGGCUGUAUACUUGGUCAGUACAUUUGUGGUGCCUAAGCCUACGGGAGAUGGAGACAAGACGCCUGCAGAAGAGUAUGCGGUGUACUUGAACUUCUUCCAGCUAUUCGGGUGUGUCACUGCGAUUGCUGGAGGAGUUGCCUACACAGUCGCAUACUUCUAUUAUUUCGUCAUGUUCCCCCGAAAGCAUGCUGUGAAGGAGUCGCCCGAUGUAGGGUGCGGGUGGAGUGAGUCCGACGACACCAGCAAUGAUGACGACGAGUCCGACGAGUGAUCUCGGCGCCUUGCGCAGGCGCUGCAGUCGCGUCAUCCGUUUCACUUGUGGCGCGAGGCGCUUGUCGAGCUAGUCGUUGGGACGUGACGCGAAAUUCAGAACGCGAUCGGGCACACCUCCUGUCUCGGCGAACUCUUUCUAACGCGUUGGAGUCCACUUGCAUGCUUGUCUCUUUCUGGCUCCGGUCGGCGAGAACCAUUGCUAUGCCAGAGGACGUCAGGGCAUGUUUUCAUUCCGGAAAUGUUUCAUUGCUCCUCGGCUCGCCGCCAAGCGAUCCGAUAUUUGAAGGAUUGGCGGACGGUCGUGGUGCUCACAGCGGUUGAACAGUUGCGAGUCAUCAUUGUUUUGCCCGCCUUCACAAACAUUUCGCAGCAAUCCAAGCGCAGGAAACAUGAGACAUAAGCAUUGCAUCAAUGCAUGUAGUGCGUUGGCCCAGGGCUCUCUUUCACUCGGCAAAUUUGUCCCCCGGCCCCUUGACUGAAGGGGGCCGGUGGAACUAUUCUUUCUAUUCAAACGGGUUGAAGUCCAACGUUCAGGAUACCCUCACCAUUGCCGCUGUCCAGAGCCGAAAUUAAGGACAGCUUUAUAUCACUUUCCAGUUUCGCGGGCCAGUCAAGCUUGCCAAAGCAAACAAUAGGAUCAGACGAACCUAUAAACCCAGUGGAGUCCACCGGCGCCUUGCGCAGGCAUCGCAGUCGCGUCAUUCGCUUCACGUGUGGCGCGAGGCGCCUGUCGAGUUGGUCGGGGGGACGCGAUGCGAAUGCAGAACGCGUUCUGGCGAACAUCUUGCCCCAGCAAACUCUUGCGAACGCGGUCCAGUCUGCCAGCAAGCUUACCGGCGAAGACGGCGCCAGCUCCAGUUUUAUGUUCAGAAUUGUUUAAUUACCCCUCGAUUCUCCGCCAAGCGAUCCGAUCAUUGAAGGAUUGGCGGACGACCGGCGUUCUAACAGCGAUUGUCAAUGUCCCGCUCGUGCGGGGUUUUUGCGCGCACCCUGGGCCAGGGAUUGGAGGCACUGGUGUGCGCGCUCUCCAGCUCUGCACGUGUGCGCUUCUGCAUCUCCUCUUCCCCCCUCUUCCCCCGCCUCCUCCUCCUCCUUGUCCCCUACAGUUUCUAGCCCGCUGCAGCCUUGCAAAUAAUCUCUGCCUACAUCCUCAAGCCAGCUUAGUGCGCUGCUGGCGCCUGCUACCCUGCCCGCUUCGCGCAGACUCAGACGGCACAGGGGUCCUCCCGCGCGCAGGGCUUGCAACAUGGAACACGCAGUUUCUUCUAGCCCGCUUGGAUGCAUGGCAGCAGCGUUGCAAACAACCUCUGCCUGCAUCCUCAAGCCCGCUUGGAGCUAUGCCGGCGCCCGCUGCCCUGCCCGCCUCGCUCGGGCUCAGCCGGCACUGUGGUCCUCCCGCGCGCAGGGCUUGCAAAAUGGAGCACGUUGUGCCGCGAUUUUGCCGUAGCAGCAGCACACAGGGUUUACCUCCUCCUCCUCUCCUCCUCCUCCUCCUCCUCCUCCUCCUCCUCCUCCUCCUCCUCCUCCUCCUCCU